AUGCUUCUGCUGGCAGCACAGCUGCUGGCAGCACAGCUGCUGGCAGCACGGCUGCUGGCAGCACAGCUGCUGGCAGCACGGCUGCUGGCAGCACAGCUGCUGGCAGCACGGCUGCUGGCGGGGCUGUCGGUCGCAGCGUGGCUCUCCCAACUUCGCGGUUUUGCUGGCGGCAUGGCUGCUGGCGGGGCUGUCGGCUGCCCCAUCUUCGCGGUUCUGCUGGCGGCAUGGCUGCUGGCGGGGGUGUCGAUGGCGGCGUGGCUGUGCCACUCGCGGCACGCGUCGUACGAGAGCGAGCGCUGGCAGCACCUCCACACGUGGUGCUACGAGCGCGCCAAGCUCUUCGAGCAGCACACGCUCACCACCACCUUUGCAGGGCUGGCGUCAGUGAUGGGCAGGCCCAGGGAGCACGGGCAGUGGGCGUGGGAUAAGUGCUUCACGCAGCAGCGGUGGGACGAGUAUAUCAACAAGACGGGGUAUUCACGGCCGGGGAACACCGGAGGAGCGUUGUGCCUGUUUGUCACCGACAAGGAGAGGCCGGCGUUUGAGCGGCAGUACGGCGGCCCGAUAGUGGACAUGGCAGGGCAGCCGCAGCAGCGCCAGCCGCUCUACUGCCCGAAGUUGCUCGACAUCAACUAUUACCGUGGCUCCAUCCCCCUCAUGGACAUCGUGCAACGCCUUCCCGAGGAGUUGCCGCUGGUGAAGCGCACAGGGGACGUGGUGUUUGGAGCCGUUGUGCCGAUUGGGAAUCUCUCCUUCAACCUCACUGGCGUUCCCGUUGUGUUCCCCAUCUUCCAGCAUCCACUCUUGCGGACCACAAUCGGGCAUGAGGCGGGGGAGGCAGUGAUGGGGGCGGCAGGCUCAGUGGUUGACCUGGUGUCCAUCAUUCGGAACGUGCUUGAGAAUGUGUUUAGCCCAGACCCCUCGAUCACGUUUGAAGCAUACGACACCACGGACCCCAGUGCACCCACCAUGAUCUACGGGCCGGGCCCAAGGCUGCUAUUCUACAAGGAGAGGGACAUCGCACCCUUCACUGCCGCCUCGCCCGCUAACGUCACACGCCCCUGGGAGCAACGUGCCGUCGUGCCUCUUGACCUGUUGGGCAGCCGCUAG